CUUCAAUAAAAUAUGCGCAUGAAUGUACGCUGCGUUGUGGGUAGGUACGGAUGAAUGAAAAUUGCUUACAAAAUCGUAAAAAGGAAGAUGUCAGGUGAUAGUUGGUAUAAAUGGCUUCUGAAUUGUACGAUGUCACAUCAGUGUUUCAACUACAAGCGACAAUAAUGCACUCGUUGAUUAUUUAUUUGUUAACAAUAACAUGUGCAGUAUGGGCUGGACCUCAACGUGGUUUUGGUCCACCGCAAGGAAGUGGUCAAGAAAUUAGAAUUCUAAGUCAAACCAAUGAAGUAGGAAUAGAUGGAUCUUAUCAAUGGAGUUUCGAAGCAGAAAAUGGUAUUGCCGCUCAGGAAUCUGGCCAAUUGAAAAACGCCAAUUCUCAAGAUCCAAUCGAAGAAGCUCAGGGAUCCUUUAAAUAUACGGCACCGGAUGGUACUCCAAUUCAAAUCCAAUAUAUAGCCAAUGAGGGUGGAUUUCAACCACAAGGUAAUCACUUGCCUGUUCCUCCACCUAUACCUCCAGAAAUUUUGAAAUCUCUGGAAUGGAAUGCGGCUCAUCCUGAAGAAGAUGGCGGCGAAACCAGACCAGGUGCAGGAUUUAGAGGGUGAUUUAGAUGGGACUAGCAGGCUUAUUUUAUACUAUAUAUUAUUGUAUUUAUGUAUUGUUAUUAUGAAACCUACAGAGGUUGUGAUAUUUAUGAGUUUCUAUAAGGUAGAAAU